AUAUGUAUACUCUUAAUGGAUUCCUAAAAUAUAGUCCUUAAAAUGUCCCUGUUUGGGGCCAAUAUAUACAAAAAUUUCAGCUCGCGCUUCGCGCUCGCAUUGUUUGUUUAGCGAGACAGGUACGUAUCAUGAUUACAUAAAAUUUGCUUAUAAUGUCCCUUUUUAGGUCCGAAUAUCAAAAAUUUUCAGCUCGCGCUUCGCGCUCGCAUUAUUUAAUCAGUGAGAUACAUAUCCGUUUAAUGGCACCGCAUGUCCUUAAAACGUCUCUAAGUGACUCGAAAUUUUUGCUGGUGCCCCCCCCCCCAUGCCGUGACCCACGGUACGCCACUGUUAUAGGGGAUUUUUUUAUACUAUACUCUCAUUUUUCUUGUCACCCGCCCCAUCACAAUGAGGGCGAUUCCAUGCUUUCAUUGUUUUUUUCUUGUUUAUGUGUCUUGUACGACACGGUAUUAUUUUCCAUUUCUAUUGUAUAGGUAUGUAAUCGAGUCAAGUCUUGUUAAUAGGCUCAUGCAAAUCAUUUAUCAACGGCGAUGAGCUGAAACAGUGGCGUACAUAUUGCCGGGGGCGCUUGCCCCCCCAAAAAAAAAUCACAAGAAAAAAAUAUAAAAGGAAAGAAAGAAGGGUGAAAUAUAUCAUUUUCUGUAUAAUAUGUAAAAAUCAAUCACAACAUUGGAUUUUCGUAAUAAAGAAUGUCGACAUUUUUGCUCGCUAACUUUUUCGCUCGCAAUUUUUUUUCUAAAUAAAUUUUACCCGUUACGCCAUAUCCCGCCCCUCAUUUAUUUAUUUAUAUAUUUAUUUGGCUCAUUACGCCACUGAGCUGAAAAGCGAGAGAAGUAGCCUAUAUAAGGAGUGACGGCAAGUAUUGAUGGAGUUCACUCGCUUCGACUAGAAGCCCGGAAUUUUGUGCGCUCAAUAUGAAAGAACAAAAAAAAAGAUGAGUUCACAUAUUUCGGCCCAAUAUAAUUUUAUUUUCUGUCCGAAUGUAUACUUUUAAAAAUCCUUCAAUUAAAUACACUAGUCCUAUAUUCGAGGCAGCCGGGGAAGACGGGGUGGGGAAAGGGUGUAGGGAACAAAGGAGUAAUGGAUUAUUGUCCAGCGCAAAGCACGGAAGCGAUUAUAUUCGAUUAUUAUAAAAAAAAAAUUUGAGAGGGGGGAGAUGUUUCGUUCAGGGGGGCGUUUCAUGAAAGGACUUGUCGGACGUUUUAUCCGACAAGUCCCAUUUUAUCCGACAGUUGCCAUAGUAACAGUGCUUCUUAGCCAAUCAACAUCAAGGAAAGAUGUCAGAUCUGACAACUUGUCGGACAAAAAUGUUGAUGAAACACUCCCCAGGAUUCUAUUCUUUUGAGAAAAAAACCCACAAACCUAUUUCUUUCUUUUAAUCCCUUUGCUUUUCCAUUUAUCCUCCUUUUUCCCUUUCUACCUUUUAUGGGAGCAUAGGGGAGGCAUGCCGUGAGCUACGUGCCUUCUGCCCUCACCUGCCCACUUUUGCUUUCAUAAAAUUCGUGUCGUAGGCCUACUAUUUACAAUAUUUCUUGAAAGGUUUUCUAUUCAAUGGAACUUUCGACUCCUAUUUUAAAUAUUAGAGGGGUUUUCGUGCUUUGCUUGAGAAGGGAAAUCUCAUUCCUUGCACAUCCUUUUCCCAUUCUUGUGCUCCAUUUUCCUCGUAGUCCAGUUUAAUCUUAGAAAAAUAAAUUAAAUGAGAGCGGGUGAAGGGCUAGGGGGAUCCGGAAGGGCGAGGAACGGGCCCCUAUAUAGCUGGGAUAGGGGGCCGGCGGAAGGGUGAAAGUUGGCGCGGCGUCGAUGUGGCUUCGCCUGGUUGCGCGCAAUAAUUUUGUUGACCCACGCGCAAUGCGCGUUCACAUAGACUGACGCGCCCUAAUUUAAUUAUCAAUGCAAAUAUCGCAUUCAUUCGAGAAUGAUUUUAUACCCGAUUUUCUCAGUUUUCAUAUUCGCAAAGAGAUUGCUCUCGCCCGAACCGUCGUCAUGUUCAAAUCAGUCCGACGAGCCGUGGUCCAGGGAGUGGAGAAGACCUGGCACACGUUUGCUUCUCAUGGAGAGGGCCGAGGCGACAGCCAGUGGGAGGGGGAAACCAACCGAUUCAAGAGAGAGGUUCUUAUUACCAGCAAGGAUCUUGGAGUAGGGACAGACCCGGAUGUUAUGACUGAUGCUAUCCGGAGGAUAGGGCAUCUAGCUUGGGGUGGUGGUCCAGACGCGGCAAAGGCCGCCGCUACCUCACUGGACCUCCUGCUCGGCUACCUCUCUGAUCGGGAGACCAGCAUCAGGGUUCGUACACAGAUCGUGCGAUCCCUCAGCGAGAUCUACCGAGGUCAUCGCGACCACGGGGAAAAGUUCCGGUCCAUGGGCGUGAUCACCAUCCUCGCCGACCUUCUAAAGAAGUACAACGAUUCGGCACUGCUUCGCUGGUGCUGCUACACUCUCUUCACGUUGUGCGCAGGCUCACUGGUCAAUGUGGGAUUGGUGGAAGCACACGAUUUGAAGGAAAACUUCACUGUUUUAGCGAGCUUGUCUUGGAAGGGCUGGCCGAAGAACUAUGCUCAGAUGAUGCUGCUGAUGGUCGGAUAUGCCAAAGAGGAAGACUUUAAAGAGAUGACGGAGGAGGAGGAGGAGGAGGAUGAAGAAGCAAGCGAUCAUCCAAUGCCUUUGAAAGACAUCCUGAAAGGCAGGAGAACGGCAGAGACGAGCGUCAUCAAGAAGAAAUCCUUGGAUGUUCCUGCGCUCUGAAUGAACCAGAAUCCCGGGAGUUUUCGGUUCUGCGACGCAUGGAGGAGGGUUCAAGAACACAAUGAAUGUAUUGAAAAUUCUGUUAAAUGACAAAGAAUAGCUGGGAGGUCUUUGUCAUAAAAUGGUGAAGAGAACAGCAGUUUCAUCCUUUCGGAGCUGACAAGAAGAAUUGCAAAUAUGUUGUUUGUCCAGAGUUCAGGACAGACCAUUUUCGACAAGGAUUUCUUGGAUGUUCUGUCACGAAGGGCAUUUGACAAUACAUUUUCUCUAUUCUCGAACCCUCUGUACAAUGCAGAGUGAAAAACCAGUACCAUCCACAGGACUGUUCUACGAGACCCUCAAUAGUCUAAGUUCAAGGAUAUCAUUGAUUUGUUUUUCUUGGGCUAUCCUGCUUAGGUAUUUCAUACACCCCAUCAUGUCAUUGUAUUUCUUGAUUUAUUUUAUUCAUUCAUCAAGUAUUACAAAAGAAAUGCAAAGAUCUGGUGGGGUAGUAUCAAAUACCUUGACAGGAUAGCCAAAGAAAGCAAAGUGGCACAUUCCAUACGGGCAUGUUAAAUUUAUAAGGCACUUCCCUCACUGUUGGUCAUGGAGUAAUACUACAGCAAUUCCUUGAAUCGUGAAUCUGGGUCACAUUUCAUAAGACAUUCGAUCAUGGUAAAUUUGCCAUUAUGGUAACCAUGAACUACCAUGGAAACUCUGAUGUUGAGUGGCUGAUUGGCCCUUUUACCAUGAAAGUUAUCAUGAUGGUAAAUUUACUUAUUUUAUAAAAUAGAACCCCUGAAUGACCUUUGUAACUAUGGCACUAAGAUUUAGUUUAAGAGGUUGUUCUUUUAUUCCCCCACCUUCCUCUUCACAACAAACGUCUUACAAAGAGUUGUGAUUGAUCCAAUCAAUCACAACUAUGGACAGCCAGCAAGGUCAACAUCUAUCAUGCAUGUUUGUUCAAAAUAUUUUCUAUGGUGUACAUUCAUGCAUUCAUUGUUUUCUUGAAAAUUCACUGUGCUUCUCUUUGUUUAGAAAGGAAAUUGUGCAAAUUUCCAGUAGAAAAAAUUAUGACACUGAUGGAUUUCCGUAGUUAUGAUUGAUUGGAUCAUUGUCAUUUUCACAUUUUUCAUCAGCAAUAUCAAUAACCACCAUCGCACAUUAAAACAAAUAUGUUCUACAAUAAUAUAGCAAAUGACCACAUGCAAAAUAUGCUAGAAAUGUUUUUUUAAUUGAAUGAAUAUUAUAUUUACAAUCAUAUUCUAUUGUAAUUGUUACUGUACAUAUCAUACUAAAUCCAUACUGCUAAGUCUUAUUGGUUUCUCACUUAUUGAGUAAUAAUAUGGUAUAAACAAAGAUGGAAUAAAAUUGUUAAAGCCUUGUUCAUAAUAAUGAAGUGUACCACCUUACAAUGGGUGAUUUCUAGUUCAGUGUUGGUGUUGGAAGCACAUUUUGGAUCGUGUUUCCUAGCUCCAAAAACCUAUUCUGAGUUUACACUUAUGAUCCAGAUCACAAUAUUGACAGCUCAACACCUAGUGAGUGACUUGUCAGGACUAUCUUCAUGUUGUGUUUGGUGUUAUACUCGUGUAAAAAUUGACCUAACACUAACACCAAGAGGUCAACACUGAACUUGAAAUCAUCCACUGCUUCAGUCACAUCAACAAAACCAACCCCAGGGCCCCGUCUUACAAAGAGUUGCGAGUGAUCCAAUCAACCACAACUAUGGAAAGCCAGCAACGUCAAUAUCUAAAAUAUAUGUUUCUUCAAAAUGUUUUGUAGAUAUGUAUAUUCAUACAUUCACCACUUUCUUUUCAAUUCAGUAUGCUUCUCUCUGUUCUCAAAGGACAUCGUGCAAAUUUCCUUUGGAAAAAAUUACGACAGGCAUGGAUUUCCAUAUAGUUGAGAUUGAUUGGAUCAAUCGUAACUCUUUGCAAGAUGGGCCCCUAUCGACCACAACAAUGAAUGGCCAGCAACGUCAACAUACAAAUACAUAUUUGCAUGAUUGUUCAAAGUAAUUUCUAGAUCUGCUCUUUAUUCAUACAUUCACCAUUUUCUUAAAAAUUCAGUGUGCUUCUCUUUGUUUACAAAGGUCAUAUUGGAAAUA